AUGCAGACAAAUGGCGUGUUUGAAGCUUUAUCUCAACAAGAUGAAACAGCAUACAUUGAUGCUUUCAGCACUUUAAUAAAAGAUUCUUAUUCUGUACCAUUUCCUCAAGGCUUAGCAACUGCAUGCAAGAACCAAAAUCAAGUAACAGCGACAACAGUUAAAUCAAUAACAACUUCAAUGUUAUCAUCUGAUUUACAAAUAUUCUGUGGUACCGAAACGAUAUGCACCAUACCAGCCGGCUUUACAGUCACAAUGAAUAGUAAUCUGAAUGUUGUUGCUUUAGUUUUGAGCGGCUCAUUAAGUUGGAACGAUGUCAGUCAAACUUCGAGUGAUCAAUGGUUGUGUGCUGGUUAUAUUGCUGUAGGAUAUUUUUUGUAUAAUUUAACCAGAUAUUGA